ACUGGAUUCAAAGGACGCACAACAAACCGAUGUUCAUCUUCAAACACAAGCGGCAGAAGAAGACGAAGAAAAUCUCCCACAACCCAAUCUGGAAGAAUCAAGUAUGGAGCAACCAGAUUCAAGAUCUGUAGACGCUAAAGUCAGAAAAGACACAGAAGAUGAUGUGAUUCUACACCCUGUAGCCACAAUCCCAGAAACACUCUACCUAGAGCACACAGUCACUCAACAAGAAGAGAACAUGCAAAGCAAAAAGAAGGAAGAUCUGCAGUCAGAAAAGGAAAUACCAGAGAUUGUGGAUGAAGAACCUUUACUAGCAUGCUUAGAUGUGCCUUUUGAAGAUGUACAAUUCACAACUCCAGCAUCCAAAAAGACAAUGGCGAAACGCACUGGAUCCAGAUGGUCGCUGCGCCAAAAGGCAAAGGAGAAUCAAGAAUCAGAAGGGAUUGAAGAAAUUCAAACAAAAGAAGUGAAAAAGAAGGAACUAAAGCGAAAGGAGAAAGCAACGGAUGACCAGGAGGAGAGCUCAAAGAAGCAGAAAACAUCAUCUCCCUCAGCAAAACUCACAACCAGAAGAAGACACUACAAUGAUAUGGCCACAAGGGAGGAACAGAAGAUAGCUCCAGCAGUUCUUCAGCCAAAUUUUUCCAAAACAGCUUUCAUCAAAGGAGAAAUUCAGUCACUGCAAGAGAAGAUUGAUAAAUACAAGACGUUGAUCAAAGAAGCUGAAAUCAAGAAGAAAAAAUGGGCCAUUAUCCUGUCAUCUCUAGACACCACUCCAGAUGAAGCUGCUAAAUCUCAGGGGGAGGAGACAAAGCAAGGUGGACCAGAUGAUGCUGCAACACAGGGGGAGCAAAGUGAAGAUGAUGAAGCCACUGAGGAAGGAGAGGAAAGCGCAGAUGCAGAGGAUGAUAACCUAGCAACUGGAGAGUCAGACUUUGAGGCUGAACUCCACAAGUUUGAUGAUUAAACUCCACAAGUUGUUUUUUUGCAAAACACUACUGUUUUUGGCUACUCACUAUUUCGAUGGGAUUGUUCUGUCCCUUAUGUUUUGGCAUGGAUUCAUCAACUCAUAUUUUUGCUGCUACUAUGUGUGUUA